CCACCCUCCCCGCGUCGUUAGGCACCGCCUUUCCGCGCUAAACGACACGAGGGGGCCGGCCCGAGCUGCGCAGCAGUGUGGCACCCGAACGGCGGCUGUGGAGCUGCGCCGUUUCCCCUUCCCCUCCUCUCUUUCUCGUUCCCGUCUGUGUGCGAGUAUCCGCCCGGCUGCCUGCGCCGUUACCAUAACAAAGCGGGGGAGGGGAAGACGGUGCCUGCUGCUGCUGCUGCUGCUUCCCGGAGACUGCCCACCUCGUCUGGUCAACGGCCAGGCCUUUGGGUGCUCAGGCUCGGGGGUCGCCGAAUCGGAAGGUACCCAGAAAGCAGGUGCCACGUCAUAUUUCAGUAUGGACCGUUUUGAGGAUGUCUCAGAUGGUGAGGUGGAUCAUGCAUUCUUUGACAGUGAUUUUGAGGAAGAGAAAGAGAAAGCUGAAGAAAAUGUUGAAUGUAUAGAGAAAGAAAGCACAAAGGCAGUUCCUGCAGACCCUGAUGUGGUGUCUAAUUCAAAGCAUAGUUGUCUUGAGGAAGAAAGUGAAGAAAAGCAGACAACUUUGCAGAAGGAUCAAUCCCUUGAAAGUAGUACAGGUCAUCCUGGAGAUACAUCUUUGUCACUUUCUCCAGUUGUGGAAAGUGCAGGUACAUCUGGAGCAACAUCUGCAGCAAGUAUAGGAACACAAGACAAUGCUCCUGCUGGAAUCCCCAAAAUAGUUAAAGAAGGUGAAGAAGAUUAUUAUACAGAUGAAGAAGAUAGUAGUGAUGAUGGCAAGAAACAGAAAGUUAGACCAAAGUCAGCUAAGCAAUCAAACAACAUAAAAAAGGCUAGCAAAAAAUAUUCUAAUAUAAGCUCCUCCUCCUCUUCUUCCUCUUCCUCCUCCUCCUCCUCCUCAUCAUCAUCAUCUUCAAGCUCAGAUACAGAUUGUUCUGAUACAGAUUCUGAUAGUUCUUUAUCAGAUUCACCUCAUUUUUCCUCAAAGAGGAACACUUGUAGGAAUGCUCUUCUGUCUCCAAAACAAAAAUUCAAGUCAGCCAUGAAAUUGGCAGAGGGAAAACCAAAGCUCGGUGACUACCUGGAGGAGUCUGAAGACACUGUGACUGAUGUAACGCCUCUGUCAACUCCAGACAUCAGUCCUAUCCAGUCCUUCGAACUUGCAGCAUCAAAUGAUAAGAAACUAAAAGUAAAGAGACAAGAAAAUGUGAACCAAGAAUUAUAUGAUUCCGAUUUAGAUCGCAGAUGUAGUCGAAAAGUCUUGCACGAUGCUAUGGACCUGAAUCAGCUUUUGAAAGCUUUCCUGCAGUUGGAGAAAAAAGAACAAAAACUAACCAUCGAUCCACCAUCUAAAGGAGCAAGGAAAAAUUAUUCUUUCACAAAUGAAGAAGUGAGGCAGAUCGAUCGGGAAAACCAAAGGUUGCUAAAAGAACUGUCCAGGCAGUCUGCAAAGCCAAGAAGGAGCACCACGUUGAAGAAGUCAACUGUACCGCCUCCUAGAUUGUAUCACAGUGCCCUCAACAGGCAAAAGGAGCAGCAAAGAAUUGAAAGAGAAAAUCUGGCUUUCCUGAAAAGAUUGGAAGCUGUGAAACCAACAGCUGGUAUGAGGCGUUCUGAGCAGUUGUUGGACUAUCAACGCCAGAUGAGUUAUCUAAGUUCUUCACCGUCUGUAAGAAGAGGAAAAUCUGCUUUCAGCCACCUUAGUCCUUCAAGAGGCACUUCAAGAGCAUCCACUGUACCAAGUACAGUGAACCAGAGGAACGAAAAGCCUGUGUCUGAUUCAGCCAGCGGGCCACUACAGAGACCUAAACCCACUAAUGUUCGUGCUGCUUGGCUCUAAGUGCUGCAUUCUCUGCCUCGGUGUGAUAUGACCCUCAGACUUCUGGUUUGAGUGCUUUUGUAAAUUCUACGUGCACAAAUAUUUCCUGCAUUGUUCAGUGAUGAAAAUGUAUUGCAUAUGAUAUAAUUGCUUAUAAAAUGGUUUUGAAUUAAUACUUUCUUCUCCAGUCAGUGCUUUCUAUGACAAGAAGAAUUUGCCAAAGGGAAGAUAAUAAUUAGCAAUUUCUAUUUAACUUAUUUGUUUAAAUAUUAUUUUAUUCUCAAAUCAUAAGUGGAAUUUGUAUCCAUAACAUGGAACACAACUGCAGCACUGUAGGUGCAAGAUGUAAAGAAAAUCUGUAAUAAUAUUUUAAAAUAUUGCAUUCAAGCAUCUGCUUAAUUCCUAGACCAUCCUUGGUUUUCAUCUUGGGUUUCAAUAAGCCUUCUGAGCUUUGCAGGCCAUGUUCUUAUGACUGAAGGAAUCUUUUUGCAGCAUUGUGGAGUGAAGAGCAGAUUGUGUAUGCCAGCAUGGUUAACUAGAAUACUGAGGCUGCUGAAGAUGUUAUUCUGUCACCCUUGCAUUCCAGGUGUGGAAUGUUUGUUUCAUACUCAGCUGUGUCUGUUCUGGAUUUGAAAGAUUUUCAGAAGUUGUAUUGGGACCUUUGUGUAGGAAAGAAGCAUCUCAUACUAUUUGAAGAAUUAAAAUGGAAGUGAACAGUUUUAGGUUCACUCUCAACGAGACCAGGUAUCAAUUACUUCUCAAGCUAGAGAACACUAAGCAAGGGAAAUACUUUAUGGUCCUGCUUUUGCAGAUUUUUGCCCUUCUCAAUGGGGAGGUAGAGGCUUGAGCUGCAGGAAACCUGAACAUCUGAUUUUGAGAGUGACUACCAGCCAAGAUUUAAAAAGCAAAUAACACAGUAGAAACCAGAAUAUCUUGUUAUGCUUCUUCGUGUGUUUUUUUUAAUGUGAAAUUCAUACCAAAUAUUUGUACUAGUGUCUGAUAAGCUUCAGUGGCAACAUCUGUUUACAGGGGAAGCACAUUUAAGGAAACUGGUAAUGGCAAAUAGUAGGUGAUAAGCUUUAUUUCUAUGCAUAAUGGCAAACUUUCAGCAAGCUUGUUUUGUAGGACUUCAGUCUUAUGAACAGCAUAAAUCGUGGUGCCACUGUCCAUGGAUAUUGGUGGAACUCUGCUUGCUUCCUCAGCUGCUUCCCAGGAGAGAUACAGGAAAUCUCUUUAUGUAAUGCAUAAACUAGAAAAAGCUCUAUUCAGUUAUGCUGGGUCUUUGCCCUGUGAGGAGAAACAUUUACUCUUCUUUGCUUAUUCUUGCAUGAGGCCUUUGGCUUUCUGCAUUAUAACAAACUGUAUACUUGGUCCUGUGUGAUAGUUUGGCAGCUUCUGUACCUGGUGACCUGUGGGCCAAAUUUAGCUGUUGGACAGUAUUUGAACUUUUAACCUUUUACCAGCAUUGUGGCAAAGAGAUUUUUUUUUGUUAUUGUUGCUUCAAUUAUUCUUCAUUGGUAGGGACUGUAAUUAAUUUUUUGAACUAGUGCUGCUGUAUUUAUUUGUACUGUUGUGCUAAUUAAAACUAUUAACUAUCUUAAAGAUUGUUUUUGUUCUUGAAUGUGAAUAUCAGGGUCACAGUUUAAAUAAUUUUGAAUGUUCAUAUGAUACUUUUAUCUCUGAAGGAAUUAACAAAAAGGAUCACUUUUAACCACUUUGUCUUUAUUUAACUUUGUUAUGAAGGACUGUCAAUUUUGUAUGUCUUUUUUGUAAAUCAUAAGAAAUAAAAUAUUUAACAUUA